UUCUUAGUUGCUACACUUGUGGAAAAAAAUACACCUUUGUCCCUAUAUUUUCUCUUCCACCACCAGACCCCUCUCCAUCUCAUCCUCAACUUCACCUUCCACCACCACCACCACCAAACCCCUCUCCUCCGGCGACUUCAAACAUGGACCGCCACCUCCACGAGGCAAUCAUAAAAGGCGACCUUCCCACCUUUCGCAGGCUCAUCGAACAAGAUGAGAAUUUCAUCCAACAAACAGUUCUUGAAUCAUUAAACACCACCCUACACUUAGCUGCCCGAUUCGGGCACACGGAGUUGGCAACGGCGAUUGUGAGGUGGCGGCCGGAGAUGGUAGCGGCGGAGAACAGAGAGAUGGAAACACCUUUGCAUGAAGCAUGCAGAGAAGGUCAAGUGGAGAUUAUGAGGAUGCUUUUGGAGACUGACCCACGGGUGGCUUAUAAAGUGAACAAGUAUGAUGAGAGUGUUCUAUUUGUGGGGUGUGAGAAAGGGAGGCUUGAAGUUGUGAAGCAUCUCUUGAGCUUUCCAUGGCUGCUCAUGUUGGAGUUGGAUAUGUUGACAAGUUCCCUCCAUGUUGCAGCCUCAGGAGGGCAUACUGAGAUAGUCAAGGAAAUACUGAAAGAACGCCCUGAUUUCGCCUCGAAAACAGACAGCCAUGGAUGUUCACCAUUGCACCUAGCUUGCGGCAAAGGUCACCUUGAGAUAACCAGAGAACUCCUCAGAUCAGACUCAGAUCUCUCUUCUUUACAGGACCAUGAAGGUCGAACUCCCCUCCACUGGGCAGCCAUCAAAGGUCGAGUUAACAUUGUCGACGAAAUACUCUCCAUGAGCCUUGAAUCUGCUGAGAUGGUAACCAAAAAUGGCGAAACAGUUCUUCACCUGGCUGUGAAAAAUAAUCAGUACGAGGUGCUGAGGUACUUGGUCGAGACGCUCAACAUUACGAGGCUGGUGAACUUGCCAGACAACGAUGGCAAUACGGUCUUGCACCUUGCAACUGCUGGGAAGCUCACUACUAUGGUCAUCUACCUCCUCAAGCUUGGCCUAGAUGUAAAUGCUCUCAACCGCAAGGGAUACACAGCUCUAGAUGUAGUUGAAUCCGAUGCCAGCAACUCUGGCGCGCUAGCCAUCGUACCAGCAUUGCAAGAAGCUGGAGCAAAGAGAUGUGAUCAGCUGCCCCCCAGCUCACUGGAAAUCCAAUGGAUCACCGAACCGGUCUCCUCCAGAAGAUCACACGAUCACAGUAACAUCCCUUACUUGCCGUAUUCAAGGCCGAAGAAGACUUCAGAAUCUCCGGGACAGGGCCAGCGUCGCCGGCACCGGCACCGGAGAGCGAAGCAGAUUGAACACCAAAUGGAGGGUCUACGAAAUGCCCGGAACACAAUAACUGUUGUGGCGGUUUUGAUAGCAACAGUUGCAUUUGCCGCUGGUGUAAACCCUCCCGGUGGCUUUAACCAAGAGAGUGGGAAGGCUAUAAUGGGUAAACAAACACCUUUCAAGGUCUUCAUGGUGUGCAACAUUGUGGCAUUGUUUUUGUCACUAGGCAUUGUCAAUGUUCUUGUGAGCAUUGUUCCUUUCAGGAGAAAGUCCAUGAUGAAACUACUAGUAGUGACCCAUAAGGUCAUGUGGUUGUCUACUUUGUUUAUGUCGUCGGCUUACAUUGCUGCCAUAUGGACAAUUAUGCCACACGAUAAAGGGACAAGAUGGGUGUUGGUGGAACUUGCGCUUAUUGGAGGAGGGUGCACAGUCGCAUUGUUUUUGGGUCUAGGAGUGAUGUUGACAAUGCAUUGGCGUAGAAAACGGGAAUGGAAGAUGAGGAAGGAGAGGAACAAGAACAAGGAUGGAAGCCCCAACAGUAGCAUCAGUCGGGUUGAAGAGAUGCGGAUGAUUAAGAAGGGCAGUCGAGAAUCUAGUAGUAACUCGGACGUCGAUAGCUCGGAUCAAGGAGGUUAUCACUUGUAUUAGAUGUAAAUGAUUCAUGAAUAACUUAGGAAAUUAAAUGGAACAUUACUCUUCCAAUGUAUCACUGUCAAAUCUUACAUGAGUUCUAUUGUGUAUUGGAGUACCACAAUGUCAAAUCUUAUAUAAGUUCUCUAUUGUAAUUGUUAUCAUACCCAUAAGUCACAAUGUUUAGUAA